UGGACGUCCAGUGACGCGCAAAGCCUCUGCUCUGCCGACUGUGUCGACUCUCUCAACGCCUGGGAAAGCAGGGUCAACACGGUCUGCGGCGACGAGACCACGAUCCAAAAUGGCAUCAUCGUCAAGGCCAGGGCGCUCCCGUUGACCUUCACCUACAACGCCGGCCUGGUGUGUACCCGCGACGCGACGUCGAGCUGGUGUUUUGUAGAAUCGCAGUCGUGGCGCGGGAGCGACUACAUACGCUACGACACGAGCAUGUGCUUUAGCGACGGCGAUAACAACAGCACCGUGGCGCCGCAGUGUUGGGACCCAAACUUCGACCUAGACGAGAUCGACAGCGACAUGGCCGCUAUCAGGAACCUGUACGGCAAAGAUUUGUACUGUAGUGAAUGCUUCUUGCAGCUGUAUUGCAAGCGCCUGUUGAACCCUUGGCUGCCGGUCAGCAACUUCACAGACUACUUGAUCGGGCAGUUUGACGAUCUCCAGAGCAAUUGCUCCACGACGCUACCCUACAGCACCUCGGCCUCGACCCUGUACGUGGGAGAUGCGCCAACGUCCACCAGUGCUACCGGGCCAACCGCAACGGGCCCGUCCACGACCACGACGCCAGCUUGCCUGGGCCAGAGGGUGCAGCCGCUGGAGAGCUGGCUGAUCUGCGACGACCUGUCCGACACGUUCGUAUCCUAA